CUUAUUUUUACAGGGUGUAAAAUAGAUGCUGAAACUGGAGAUGGUGUGACAGCUUUACAUGUUGCAGUUAUCAAAAAUUAUGUUGAUAUUGUGAAGAUACUUAUAAAUUCUGGGAGCAAUGUUAACCACAAAACCUAUGAUAGUAUGACACCUUUGCAUUUUGCAGCAUCAAGAGGUUUCUUAGAUUUGGUAAAAAUUCUAGUCAGUAAUGGUGCAAGUUUAGAAGCAAGAGAUUCAAACGAGAGGACAGCACUGUACAUAGCAUCUGGUCGUGGGCAUAUGGAUUUGAUGAAAUAUCUGAUUGAUGCUGGUGCUAAUGUAAACAGUGAAGAGAUCCAUGGAUAUACGCCUCUUUGUGAAGCUGUAUGGCAAAAGUAUGCUGUGGGUGUAGAACUUUUACUGUUAUCUGGUGCUAGAAUUACUCACUCUCAUAGGCUUUUACAUAAUGCAAUAAUUCAAAGACAGAUGGAAAUAGUAAAAAUGCUUACAGCUUACGGUGCCGGGAUAAACUUGUAUAACGACAAUGGUGAUACGCCACUGCUUUUGGCGGUACGACUAUCACAGCCCGCAAUCGCUAAAAUAUUAUUAUGUAAAGGUGCGAACGCUAAUUUGUUAAACAGUAUAACAGGUGCUAAUGCAUUGCACAUAGCUGUUGAAAGUGUAGACUCCCCUGAAGAUUUUGAAGAAUUGUUGAAAUGUUUAAUAGACUACAAGAUUGAUUUGAAUGCAUCAGCUUUAACUGGCGACACUGCUUUAAACAGGGCUCUGUUAUUACACAAAGAUCCUGCAGCAGUUCUCCUUAUUCGAUAUGGCGCAGACGUGAAUGCGUGUGAUCUACAUGCUUGUGGUCUAGACAAUUUAUCCAUAGCAAGUAGAAGAAGGUCGAAUAGCUUAGCAUUAAUGUUAUUGAAGGCAGGCCAUUAUAUCGUGAUCCCAGAUAAAGAUACAUCAAUACCGGCAUCAGAUUAUACAAAAUGUUGGUUAUAUAAUGUUUGUAGAGAUCCACUUACUCUUUCCGAUCUCUGUAGGAUUAGAAUUAGAUACUUAGGUCAAAGUACAUCCAUAACAUUGUACCGCUUCAUAUCUUCCCUGCCUCUUCCAAAGAGUUUAAAAAGAUACCUUAUGAUGGAAGAUGAAGGCACGGAAUACUUUGAUUUUACUGCUUAAAUUAUUUAUUACUACACAUACCAUAUCACCAGCAGUUAACUUGUUUAUGACAUGGCGGAAAGUUUUAAUUGGUUUGUGUGUCCAAUAUAAAAUGAGUUAAAAAUUUGGGGUUGAAAUCUGAGGAAAACGAAUAUUAUCUAUAUGCAUUUUUAUUUAGUAAAAUUACACAGUAGUACAAAGGUGUACUUAGGGUAAAAUACAAAAUAUUUAUUGAUUAGAAUAUUAUAUACUAUACUUAACGUGACACAAUAUGUUUGUCCAUAAAAUCUUCAAAAUGAGUUGCAAUUGUUUAAAACACCUAGUAGUAAGAGAUAACACUUGUUUUUUAAAAACACACGCAAUAAUUAUGUAGUGAAUGAGCUGCAGAGUAUAUGUACUUGCAAACCAAUCAGUAAGUACAUAGUUUUAGGUAGUUUUUUUAUUAUU